AUGGAGAAUGGAAUGAAGAAAAGACAAGAGCCUGAAACACCCACCAAUAUCACAAUCAAAGGCAUUCUUAGUUUGUUAAUGGCGAACACCGAUUCAGAUGAUAAGAGGCGAGUAAUUUCUUUGGGUAUGGGAGAUCCAACGGCCUAUUCAUGCUUUCGCACCACUGCUGUUGCUGUAGACGCCGCCAUUGAUACUCUUCAUUCUGAGAAGUUCAAUGGCUAUGCCCCCACAGUUGGUCUUUCUCAAACCAGAAUUGCGUNAAAAACCAGUAAUCAAUUCCUGGAAGAACAUGAAGAAAUGGAGAAUGGAAUGAAGAAAAGACAAGAGCCUGAAACACCCACCAAUAUCACAAUCAAAGGCAUUCUUAGUUUGUUAAUGGCGAACACCGAUUCAGAUGAUAAGAGGCGAGUAAUUUCUUUGGGUAUGGGAGAUCCAACGGCCUAUUCAUGCUUUCGCACCACUGCUGUUGCUGUAGACGCCGCCAUUGAUACUCUUCAUUCUGAGAAGUUCAAUGGCUAUGCCCCCACAGUUGGUCUUUCUCAAACCAGAAUGGCAAUUGCUGAAUAUUUGUCUCGUGAUCUUCCAUAUAAGUUAUCUCCUGAUGAUGUUUAUGUCACAGCCGGUUGUACACAAGCCAUUGACGUCGCAUUGUCAGUUCUAGCUCGGCCUGAUGCAAAUAUCCUGCUUCCACGACCAGGAUUCCCAACCUAUGGACUCUGUGCUGCAUUCAGACAUAUUGAAGUUCGGCAUUAUGACCUUCUUCCUGAAAAAGACUGGGAGGUUGAUUUUAAUGCUGUUGAAGUUCUUGCAGAUUGUAAUACUGUUGCAAUGGUAAUUAUAAACCCUGGGAAUCCAUGUGGCAAUGUGUAUAGUUAUUGUCACCUAAAGAAGAUUGCGGAAACUGCGAGGAGGCUUAAUAUUCCUGUUAUUGCUGAUGAAGUUUACGGACACCUUGCUUUUGGGGGUAAACCAUUUGUGCCAAUGGGAGUUUUUGGAUCUAUUGUUCCUGUUCUGACUCUUGGCUCUAUAUCAAAGCGAUGGUUAGUGCCUGGCUGGCGGCUUGGUUGGUUCGUAACAAGUGAUCCUAAUGGCAUCUUCAAAACCCCCAAGAUUAUCGAGCGCAUCAAAAAGUACUGUGAUAUAUGUGGGGGCCCUGCAACCUUUAUACAGGCAGCAGUUCCUCGAAUUAUUGAGGAAACAGAAGAGAUUUUCUUCAAGAGAACUAUUAGUUUGCUGAAGCAGACCUCAGAUAUUUGCUGCAGUAGGAUUAAGGAGAUCCCCUGUAUUACUUGCCCUCACAAACCUCAGGGAUCCCUGGCUGUAAUGGUGAAGCUGAAUCUUUCCCUGCUGAAGGAUAUUAGUGAUGACAUUGACUUCUGUGUCAAGUUGGCCAAAGAGGAAUCUGUGAUCAUUCUUCCAGGGCUUGCAGUGGGUCUGAAAGAUUGGGUCCGCAUUACCUUUGCUGUUGAGCCAUUCUUUCUCGAAGAAGCUAUGGGGAGAUUAGAGUCUUUCUAUCAGAGGCACUCCGUUCAACCAAAUGGCAAGUUUACCAGAUUGAAGGAAACCAACACUUAUUUUCUGGGGAAGUAA